AUGGAUCAGCGUGUCAUUUGCGAAGAUAUUGCACGCAUUGAAAAGGCAGAUUGGUUUAAAGAGCUAGAGCGUAAAAAUAUUUCUUUAUCUGAUUUAUGUUCGACAGAGGAAAGCGGCGAUGACUCGAUUGCCCUUUUAAUAGGCGCAGAUAUUUUCGGUAAGCUCUUAACGGGAAAUAAGUUCGAUUUGGCGAACGGACUCACUGCUCUAGAAACCAAGUUGGGCUGGACAAUUUCAGGCAAAGUCCCGGCGAACGAGCGAAAGGACGCUGGAAGCACAGCCGUCUCAAUGUUUAUGUCAGAAGCGAAAAUAUCCGAACUGUGGAGUUUAGACGUUUUAGGCAUAAGAGAUCCAAUCGAAAAAUCUGAUAGGUUUUUAAGAGAACAAAUAGUAAAAGACCAUUUUUUGAAAACGGUUCGAUUUCAAGAGAACGGCCGUUAUUCGAUAUAUUUACCGUGGAUGGAAGGCCACGCCCCUUUGUCGGAUAAUUUCAAUUUAGCGAAAACAAGAGUAGAAAAAACCGCGAGGAAAUUAAAAAUCGAAAAAUCGUUUGAUAACUAUACCAAAGUGUUUGAAGAAUGGCGCGAUGAAGAAAUCAUAGAGUUAGUAUCGAAAGUUGAAUUGAACAUGAUAUCGCAUUAUUUACCUAAUCGCCCGGUUAUAAAAGUGGGGAGUACAACGGAAAUACGACCGAUUUUUGACGCUUCCGCUGCCGAGAAGGGCAAACCCUCGUUGAAUAACUGUCUUGAGAAGGGACCUAAUCUCAUUGAGUUAAUUCCAGCCGCUUUGCUUAGAUUCCGGGAACACGAAAUUGCACUUUUGGCAGACAUUCGGAAAGCCUUUUUGCAAAUCGAAAUUAAUAAGAAAGAUAGAGAUUUUUUGAGAUUUCUGUGGUUUGAAGACGGAGAACUUAAGUCAUUCCGGCAUAGACGGGUCGUUUUUGGCCUCACUUGUAGCCCGUUCUUGUUAGGAGCCGUGCUUGAAUUGCAUCUGUCAAACGUCUUGCAAAAUAUAACAAAUAGGAAAUGGUCAAGGGAGACAAUUGGAAAAUUGGCCAAGUCAUUUUACGUAGAUAAUUGUCUUACAAGUGUCAGAUCGUCGGAAUAG